GACCCACGUGAAGGCCGAUCAUGGAGAGGCACAGGCGUCCGUGCGUAUUGCACGGCUUCCUGCUUCCCCCGUUGCUCAGCUCCGUCGGGAGAAGUCAGAGAGGUGUGAGAUAGAGAGCGCUGAGAUCGGACGCCAUGGCGACGGCAAAGAUUGCGACGCUGGCGAUCCGGACGCUGGCCAAGCCCAUUGCGACGCAGAUCAAGCAUCAGGCCGCGGAACACCAGCGCUUCCGGGCCAUCUGCAUCAGCCUGGCGCAGUUCAUGCACCGGACAGAGAUGAUCCUGCGGACGAACCUCUUGGCGCCUCCCGCUUCGUCUUCGUCGUCGUCGUCGUCGUCGCACAGUGACAAAAAAGACAAAAAAGACGGGAGCAGCAACAGCGGCGGUAGUGGAGGAGGGGGAGGAGGAGGAGGAGGAGGAGGGAGUGGCGACGGCGAGAAGGCAACCACGAGCAGCCGGCCCAAGAUCCGACCGCUCAACGAGGCAAAAGCCGUAGCCAACGGCGCCAACGCCCUCGCCGAGGGCUUCCUCUUUGUCCUUGCCGCCGCAUUGAUUCUUGGCGAGUCGUACAGGGGCAGCCGCAGCCGCGCCAAGCAGCGAGACCGCACCGAGGAGGGCCUCCACGAGCUCACCCUGCUCGUCCGCGCCCUCUCCGAAAAGGUUGGGCCCGCUGGCGUCGAGUUCGAGGAGCUCAAGCGGCGCGCAGAGGUGCUGAAAGCGCAGGAAGGCGACGUGGACAGCGACAGCAACGGCGACGAUGGCGAUGAUGAAGGAAAGGAUGGGACAAGCAAAGGAGCAGGUGGCGACGUGGACGAGAGGCACCAGACGCUCCUUCAGCGAGAGGCCCGGCGGGUCCGUGAGGACAAUCAGCGGCUGCAGCACGCCGUCUCGGUGCUGCUGAGACUCGCGCUCAAAUCGGGCUGGAUUCAGGGCCAGGAGGGCCUGCGACUCGAGAGGAUCCUGGAGGGUACCGACGAUGAAGGAAACAAGGGCAGCGAGGGGCAGAAGGGGCCAGUGGACGACGGGACAGGCAAGGAAGCUUCGUCCACAGCAAAGGGAAAGCCGAUAGAGGAUCAGACGAGCAUCCUCGACCAGGUGGCCCAGGCAAGGGCAAAGAGAAUAGCCCACGAGGUCCGCUUUGGCAACGAAGAUGGCGCACGGGGAGCCACACUCGACGAGCUCCUUGCGCAGGCGCAGGUUGGCCGCAAGGACAGUAGCAACAACACCACUCAAUAGCAUGG